GCCCUUCCACGCCAUCUGUUAUGUCAAACUUGCAGCAACAACAAACGGAAGGGAUUGUUUUGGUGUUUGCUCCACCGGUCGCCUUACGGAGCCGCGGGAUAGGCCGCCGAGUCAGCUGUUGACAAUUGUCCGCAUGGUGGUGGUGGCAGUGGCAAGCUUUCUCCUUAUUAGUUAAUUAAAACCAAACGAAGCUGCCAACAUGCGUGAGCUGUACGACUUAAUAACGGGCAAGAAUGUUGACCAUCAAACGUUCGAAAGCGUCUCGGCGAUCAUUCAGAAACGGUUCACCAAUGCGGGCAACUGGUUCCAGGUCGGAUCAGCGCUUGCUUUGCUGCUGCUGCAGAACGAUCUCGCCCUUCCCUUUCACCGGCUGGCAGGGAUCUACGUGCUGUACGACAUCCGCCGCAAGGAGCAGGCGGAAUCACCCUUCUUCCUGUUUUUGGCCCGGUUCCUAGAACCGUUCGGUGGACUGCUGCCGGCCAACAGCAGCACCCCCGCACAGAUGGUGGAGCUGAAGUUCAUUCAUCUGCUACUAUCGAACGGUGACCCAGACAUUGACAAAAAGUCACCCCGCCUGUUCUGCCAAGCGUUUGCCGCAAUGCCCACCCCGGUCGGGCCGGCCGAAAUUGCGUACGUAAAGGCGAAGGCAGCGGAACGGCUGAAAGAUUUCCCCCUCACCGUGCGCUCCAAUGUGGCCAACAUCAUUCCCGCCCUGCCCGUGCUGCCUGGCCGCGAACCGGCACUGAAAAACUACACCGGAGCGGCCAUCGAGGAGCUGGUGAACGGGAUGACGGCGAACCCGAGCAAUCCGCUGCUGAACGCGCUUGGCCCCACGUUCAUGUCCGUGGCGCCACCGCUGCUCACGUGCGAGGAUGAGCUGAUCUGGCUCGAUCUGGGCAGCCCCUCGUACCACAAGCCGGUGUACAAUAGCUGCAGCGAUGCGGAACCAACGCCGUACAAGUGCCUGCAGACGCUGCUGGACCAAUCGUUCCGGCAGGCGCUCAGCAUUGCCGACCAGCAGACGCUGGUGAACGAGCUGGAGAAGGACACGCAGCAGACGCACCUGUCGUGCGUCACGCCGGAAAAGCUCCCGAACCUGAUCGAAUACAACCCGACGAUUGCGAUCGAAAUUCUGAUGCGUAUGCUGAAAACGCGCCACAUCGAUGCGUACCUGGACGUGAUCGUCGACAUGGAGCUGUCGCUGCACUCGAUGGAGGUGGUGAACCGGCUGACCACGUCGGUCGAUCUGCCGGUGCACUUCGUGCAUCUGUACAUCGUGAACAGCAUCGGCACGUGCUCGACGAUCCGGGACAAGUACAUGCAGAACCGGCUGGUACGGUUGGUGUGCGUGUUCCUGCAGAGCCUGAUCCGGAACAAGAUCAUCGACGUGAAGCAGCUGUACAUCGAGAUCGAAGCGUUUUGCAUCGAGUUUAGCCGGAUACGGGAGGCGGCCGCACUGUACCGGUUGCUGAAGCAGCUCGAGCUGGACCAGGGCAGCACGGCCGGAACUUCUGGGACGGCACCAGCAACCACCGGUGGUGGAGGUGUUCAACCGUAACGUUUGUUUGUUUUUUUACUCACGACACUUAAUUUACGCUUUAUAAUACAUUGAAAAUGGAUCUAACACACGUUC